AUGUUUAAGCUGUCCUUACGUCUUUUACAAAAGGCUGCGGCUACCAAGCCGUACGCCAAUAUGUUGAAAGACCCGUCUAAAAAGUACAAGGCUUUCAAAGGAGUAGCACUUCCUGACAGAACAUGGCCCAACAAGUCCAUCACCAAGGCCCCCAGAUGGCUCUCGACCGAUCUUCGAGACGGUAAUCAGGCAUUGCCAGAUCCCAUGUCCAUCGCUGAAAAAAAAGAAUACUUUCACAAAUUGCUUGAGAUUGGGUUCAAAGAGAUCGAAGUGUCGUUUCCGUCGGCAUCCCAAACCGAUUUCGACUUUACCAGGUACGCAGUGGAAAAUGCACCCGAAGAUGUGUCGAUUCAAGUCUUGACCCAGUCUAGAGAACCGUUGAUCAGAAGAACCGUAGAGUCGGUUAAAGGAGCCAAGAAGGCCACGAUUCAUUUCUACUUGGCCACCAGUGACGUUUUCCGCGACGUGGUGUUCAACAUGUCCAAAGAAGAGGCCAUUGCCAAGUCCAUCGAAACCACAAAAUUAAUCAGAUCUUUGACAAAAGACGACCCAUCUAUGCAAGAGACCGAAUGGACUUUGGAGUUCUCUCCUGAAUGUUUCUCUGACACGCCCACUGAGUUUGCCGUGGAAAUUUGUGAGGCCGUGAAGAAGGUAUGGGAACCCACUGUGGAACUUCCUCUCAUCUUCAACUUGCCUGCUACCGUCGAAGUUGCAUCUCCAAACAUUUACGCCGACCAAAUCGAGUACUUUUGCAGAAACAUCUCUGAACGUGAAAAGGUGUGUGUUUCCGUCCAUCCUCACAAUGAUAGAGGAUGUGGGGUAGCAGCUGCUGAGCUCGGUGUGAUGGCUGGAGCCGACAGAGUUGAAGGAUGUAUGUUUGGAAAUGGAGAAAGAACUGGAAACGUCGACUUGAUCACUGUGGCUUUGAACUUGUAUACCCAGGGAGUUUCUCCAAACUUGGACUUUUCUGAUUUGCAGUCAAUUAUCGACAUUUCUGAAAGGUGCAACAAAAUUGCAGUUCAUCCUCGUGCACCUUAUGCUGGGUCGUUAGUCGUGUGUGCUUUCUCUGGAUCGCAUCAAGAUGCCAUCAAGAAGGGUUUCCUCAAAUACGAGCAGAGACUUGCUGAGGGUAACACCAAGUGGGCAAUUCCAUACUUGCCAUUGGAUCCUAAGGACAUUGGUAGAACAUACGAAGCAGUCAUCAGAGUCAACUCUCAAUCUGGGAAAGGAGGAGCAGCCUGGAUCAUCUUGAGAUCUUUGGGAUUGGAUUUGCCCAGACAAUUGCAAGUUACGUUUUCCAACAUUGUGCAAAAAGAAGCUGACCUUUUGGGUCGCGAGUUGAAGGCUCAGGAAAUUGCUGAACUCUUCAAAUCUGAAUACUUGACCAAGGAUACUUCUGCCAUUCGGUUGGUUGACUUUGAGAUUUCCAAGAACAAGAAUAAGGCUGCUACUGCCGACGUCAAUCGUGAAAUUAACACCGUGUUGGAAGUCAACGGCAAGGAGGUGGAGAUUCGUGGUGAAGGUAAUGGACCGAUUUCAGCGUUCCUUGAUGCCGUUUCCAAGAAAUUUGGCAUUUUGAUGGAAGUGGUCAACUAUUCUGAGCACAGUUUGGGCUCUGGAAGUCAAGCUAAAGCUGCAACUUAUUUGAACUUGAAGUUCAGAGAUAACCAAGGAGAUGAGGUUAGCAAAUGGGGAUGUGGAAUCAACUCUGAUGUGUCGGAGGCGUCGAUUCAGGCUAUUGUGACUGUUCUCAAUUCAGCAGUCAAAGUAUAG